AAAACAGCCCCACGUUAUAUACACCACUUCAGUUUGAGCCCACAGGACGAUCGCCGUCAACAUGGGUCUUCUAUUUGUUCUAGGGUUGCUUGGAUUGUUUGCAGGUAUUCAGGCCCAAUCGUCGCAGUGUGGCAGUGUCACCUCUAGCGGCGGUAAGUCCAUCUUAGUGUCACACACUAGGUAUGGAUCAGGAAACUACUUCAACGACAUGGACUGCACGUGGCAUCUACAAGGUUACUCGGGAGGCUUGAUCAAGGUCGAGGUCAACAACUUUGACCUUGAGGAUGAUUCAAACUGUGAUUACGACUACGUGUCGUUCUACGAUGGAGACAGCGACAAGGCCACGGAGCUGGGGACUUACUGCGGCACCGGGUCUAUUCCCACCUUCUACACCACCCAGAGCGACAUCUUCAUCAAGUUUCACUCUGACUACGACACCGUGGCCAGUGGCUUCAAGUUGACCAUAACUUACGUAGGUGGAGGUGUUACAUCCUCCCCGGUGGUGAGCUCUGGAUGCGGCAGUGCCAAGUACCAGACUGGUCUCACGGGAACCAUUACCAGUUCCAACUACCCUAACGCCUACGACGACCUCGCCGACUGCCAGUGGGAGAUAACAGUGCCAGCUGGGAAGACAAUGGUAAUUUCCUUUGAUUCCCGAUUCAACAUUGAGGGGUACAGUGGCGGAGACUGCAAGUACGAUUAUGUGGCCAUCUAUCUUGGAUCGGUAUCUACUGGAACAGAAAUCGGCAGAUACUGCGGAGAGACAGCCCCCAACUCCAUUGGUAUUCUCCACAACAAGGUCAUUGUGAAAUUUGUGUCUGACAGGAGCGUUCACGAGGCUGGAUUCAGCUUGUCCUGGAGAGCAAGAGAUACUACGACUGCUGCUCCCGUUGUUACAACCAUCAAACCUACCGCAGGACCUUUGGCCGUUGACUCAGGUUGCGGAAGUCCCCGCGACCAGAGUGGGACCACCGGGUCCAUCAACAGUCUUAACUACCCGAGCCGCUACGUUAACGAUCUCAACUGCAGGUGGACCAUCACCGUUCCCAGCGGAAUGAGAAUCAAAAUGGAAUUCGCUUCCACAUUCAACAUAGAAGGUUACGCCGGCGGUAAUUGUAACUACGACACUCUCACAAUCUUCGACUACCCGCAGAGUCCUUCGAAUCAGAUCACACGUCUGUGUGGAGAGACUGCCCCCGCCCCAGUAUACUCCUCCGGUAAUAAGGUGGUGGUCGUAUUCAACAGCGACGACUCCGUGAAGAAGACCGGCUUUAAGAUGACUUGGUCAGCUGUAGGAGCAUCAGCCAGCACUGCGCGCCCCACCGUCCCCCCUACCACCCGCAGACCCACCACCCAACGCGUAAUCACUACUGCCAGACCCACAUCCAUCCAGUCUGGGUGUGGCGGGAACCGUGACCUCACAGGUACAACUGGACUCAUCAAAUCUCUCAAUUACGGAACUGGUAAUUACAACAACAAUGCUAACUGUAAAUGGAAAAUCACCGCCCCAGCCGGCAAGAUCAUCAAGCUUACUUUCCUGGCCUUUGCUGUAGAAGAGGGCGGCACCAGCUGCCAGUACGACAAACUGUCUGUCUACGACGGCAGUUCCGCCAGCGCCAGACUCAUCAAGAAUUACUGCGGGAAGGGUACUCAGAACGAGAUCUCGUCCACAGGCAACGCCCUCUAUCUGACAUUCACCAGUGACGAGGCGGUGGAGGAAAGUGGGUUCUCUAUCAGAUACACUGUUGUGGAUCCACCAAAGACUUGCUCACCCAGCCAAUUCACCUGCACUAACGGGAACUGCAUCUCCAGCUCCCUCAAAUGUGACGGCAAAGACGACUGCGGAGACGGAAGUGACGAGGUGUGCGUAAACAAAGGAAGCUGCGGCACUCCUGCUAUAGACGCUAAGCUUGGAAACAACCGUAUUGUGGGUGGAACCGAGGCCAAUUCAGGCAGUUGGCCAUGGCAGGUGUCCGUGCGUUACAGAGGCUCGCACAUCUGUGGUGGAAGUCUGAUCUCUGACCAGUGGGUCGCUACUGCCGCUCAUUGUUUGGAAGAUUCGAGCUUGAGUCCGAGGUACUGGUCCAUCUCUGCCGGAAAACACAGAAAGUACAACGACCCUGACGAGGAGGUUGUCCAGGUUCAGACGCUGAUCCCUCAUGAGAAUUACGACGACGCCACCACGGACAAUGACAUCACUCUCUUCAAGCUGGCCAAGCCGGUCACUCUCUCUGACCGUGUCCACCCCGUCUGUCUGCCCACGACCAUGGUCUCUGAUAACACUGUGUGUUACGUGUCAGGCUGGGGAGCCGUGCAAGGUACUGGAAACUCUGGUGUGUUGAAGCAAGCAGCGGUGCCCAUCGUAAACAGGCAAACGUGUAACAGCUGGUAUUACGGCGACAUCACCGGCAAUAUGAUCUGCGCUGGUUACGAGGCUGGCGGCCAUGAUGCUUGCCAGGGCGACAGUGGUGGGCCCAUGGUGUGCAAGUCAGGCGAGAAAUUUGAACUACAAGGUAUCACGUCUUGGGGCAUAGGUUGUGCAGGUCGCAGAAAGCCAGGUGUGUACACUAAAGUUGUCAACUACUUGGACUGGAUCCAGCAGAAAAUGACGCAAUAUGGGGCAUAAAUCAUACGACAGAUAGCACUAGAAUUUUGAUUAUCAAUGUUGGUUUACAGGAUACAUUCACGUAUAAAAUAAUGGUGGACUUCGCGUAGCACCUUUUAAAAAAGAUCUGUAAAUAAAUUGGCCAUACACUAUGCCAGUGAGAUUAUUUAAUUGUUUUUGUUUUGUGAAUUGACUUUGGGAAAUUGACAUUUUUUCUUAUCAACUUGCAAUGAUAAUAUGAUCAUAAUAAUAAUAA